AUGGUGCACUGUAAGCAGGCGCGCAGGAGGCCCAGAGGCGCCGCCGAUGCCCCCAAGAACGGGGAGCGCGGGCCGCUCCCCGGGUACAUGCGGCCGACCAGCAGCUCCGGCGCCAGGGCUGGCCGGGACUCGGCCACCGCCUUCAUCUCCGCCGCCCAACCGCCGGAGCGCGAGUCGGCGGCGCCCGACGCGAGGACGCCGACCGCGGCCCGCGCGACGUGCUCCUCCGCCCUGAAGAGCGCGCUUGCCCGCGGCGGCGGCUGCGGCGGCGAGGGCCGCGUGUGCCGGUACGCCUACUGCUCGCUCAAGGGCCAAGCCCACGCGGCCGCCGCGCCGCCGCUGGGGGCCUUCGUGGCGGCGCGGCGGCGACUGAUCAAGACGGAGCAGCGCAUGAAGCACAGGGGCGUCUCCGCCUUCCGCAACACCAAAACCGACACCACCAACAACAAUGCCGCCGGCCUCGGCGGCCACUGUUUCUUCGUCCAGGUAUAUCCCACCGCCGGCGCCAGCGCCAAGCCGGCCAGCUCGGGCUCGAGCUGCAGCGGGCUCUCCACGGAGGAGAUAGAAGCGGCGGUCUCUUUCGGCCGCCGGGAAGCGCAGGGCAAGUGGAGCUUUCCGGAUGGUUCGGUGGACGGCUCCUGCGGGUCCAGCGACGUGAUCUCGGAUGGGUUCGCCGAGCCGGCGGCGACACUGACGUCUCGCAGACCCAAAGAUGAGAUUGAUGGAGAGCCCAUCGCUUGGGGUCAUCAGGAUCAAGAACCAGAGGACUCUGGCGGCUGCAGGUCCGAUAUCUCAGAGGAGCUGGCUUCAAGAUACCAAGAUCAUGGCAGCGGUGUCACUUCAGUGGAAUCCUCAAUGGACGACAUAUCCAGUGCAUUCGGUGGGAUGUGCUUCGAAGAUGCAGGUUCUGAUCAUACCGAUGCGGCGGCGCCCAGCCAGAGGAACAAGUUGACCAUGUCCAGGAGGGGAACAGCACCUAGAGACGAGGAGCGAAUCCGGCCAUUCAACCCCAGGGCUCCAAACUUUCUUCAGGUAGAGCCUGACCCCGAUGCUGAGAAGGUUGAUCUCAGGCAUCAGGAGACCGAUGAUCGCAAGAAUGCGGAGGAGUGGAUGGUUGAUUAUGCGCUUAGGAGGACGGUCAACAAACUAGCUCGUGCUCAGAAGAGGAAGGUGGAGAUGCUCGUCCAGGCCUUUGAAGCUGUGCUACCGCCAGUUCCAGGUGAGGAAAACGUCGUGCAACAAGACGGUAACAAGAAAGGCUUCCCACAGACAAGGACAUGGCAGGCAUUCAGCUGA